GUGGCUUCCGUUGUUGGCGCGCGCAAGAUGAGUGAAUCUCUGGUGGUUUGUGAUGUUGCUGAAGACUUGGUGGAGAAACUGAGAAAAUUCCGGUUUCGCAAAGAAACCAACAAUGCUGCCAUUAUAAUGAAAAUCGACAAGGAUAAGCAGUUGGUGGUGCUGGAUGAGGAGCAUGAGGGUAUUUCUCCUGAUGAGCUAAAAGAUGAGCUGCCUGAAAGACAACCUCGAUUUAUUGUGUAUAGUUACAAGUAUCAGCAUGAUGAUGGAAGAGUUUCUUAUCCCUUGUGCUUUAUCUUCUCCAGUCCAGUUGGAUGUAAACCAGAACAGCAGAUGAUGUAUGCUGGAAGCAAGAAUAAGCUUGUACAGACAGCUGAACUCACUAAGGUAUUUGAAAUAAGGAACACAGAAGACCUAACUGAAGAAUGGCUGCGAGAGAAACUGGGCUUCUUCCAUUGAGAGCACCUCUGUAAUAAGUAUUUAUGUACCAUCCUGAUCAUACUGGAACCAGACAUGAAUACUUAGAUCUACAAAAGGCACUGUAUUUACUUCCGUCUCCUGCAGUCUCUCUUGUGCAGAGUUUGUGCAAAGAAUAGCAGGUCUGUCUCCUUGAAGUAAGAAAUCUUUGCAGGUGUUUCCUUAUUUGUACCUGUUAAAAGGGAAUACUCCUCUGCAGGGACUCCUUUUGCACUCUCGUGGCUAAUAUUUCUAUAACUAAAAUAGUUCUGGGUUUGUAACUAUCUGCAAAGGUAAUUUGGAAGCUGACGCUAACUUUUUCUGAGCUACAAAUGCAUCCUUACGACACCUACUAGCCAUUUAUAUGCAGAAAUCAUGUACUGUCAUUUUUCAGACUUCCUGACUUAAUGUCUUCUCCAUUUUUUGGAAACUACUCCCUGGAAGCAUUUAGUAUUAAAGAGACAAAAUCCUUUUAUCUUCCCAUUGAGUCCAUGUGACAUUUUCUCAAAUUCCUUGGAACUAAUUUUUGUCAUUCCGAUAAUUCUUCAGUUGAUGGAAUCGAUCUUAUUACAUUUCAGGGCAAAGCUUUGACUGUCCAGUUCUCAUGCUACAGGAACUAGGUGAUAACAAAGGGCUGAGUUACAACUCAGGUGACUCUCAUACCAGAAAUCCUGCGUAUAUAACUUACUAUACUGUUAUGAAGUUUACCUCUUUGCUCAUUUCCUGUUACACAAGCACCUGUUAAUACUCUGUGCCUUUAAUUUGUUAGCUUUAAAGUGACUUGAGAAUUUUACACUGCCACUUAGUACAAAUUUGGUAUAAACUUUGUUAUCCAAGUAACAUUUUUUUUCCCUAGUGCCUGGUGUUGCAGUUGACAUCUGUUUAAAAAAAAAAAAAGCUAACCUCAUUUCCUUUGAAAUUCCAGUCAUCUGCUCCAUUUGUAGGAGUAAGGAGGUUAAAGCUUUUCAUGA